CGCUAUGAUGUCAAUUUCAAAUACUGAAAUUAUUUUCAAAACUUUGUCACUUAUAUUAUCACUUAUAACCAUUCUAUAUAUCUUCCCACCGCGAAAUUUAUAACCACACUUUUACAAACUAAAUUUCAUACAUUUUCCAAAUAGUAUUGUAAUAAACAAAAUAGUUUAAAAAUAAUGUAAUUUACAAAACAAUAAAUUUUUAAUAUAAAACAUAUUGAUCAGCAAAAAUGCUGGUUGAUGCAUAAAAAAGACUCAACUACAGAAGAAAUAUUCAGCACACGAUAUCACAAGAAGAACUCGAUGAGACAAAAAGAGCCCGUGGCAUCGAUAUUAAGGUAAAACGCAUCGUUUGGUUGUCGUACGGACACUACUAAAAGACGCUUCUCACCUCUUGGCGGAUCCUACGAGACAACCAAACACAGAUCUGCUUCCUUCUUCACCUUUUUUUUUUUUUUUUUGUAAUUUUGGUUUCCCUUUUUUUUUAUUAAAUAAGAUUUAUUCCUCCAUCGUUACCUAAUCCCCUUCUUCGUCUUCUUCAGCUUCACUGAGUCUUACGAACAUAGCAAAAUCCAAAUCAAAUUCCUGAAGAAACCUCUUUCGCUCUCGUCUUCGUUUUCAGAUCAACAAGAAAUGGCAACAGCAACAUCAGCUUCUCUGUUUUCAACUGUUUCUUCAUCUUACUCCAAAGCUAGCUCCAUACCACAUUCAAGACUCCAAUCUGUGAAAUUCAACUCAGUCCCUAGCUUCACCGGUCUCAAAUCAACCUCUCUCAUCUCCGGAUCUGAUUCCUCUUCCUUAGCCAAGACUCUACGCGGUUCCGUAACGAAAGCACAAACAUCUGACAAGAAGCCUUACGGAUUCAAAAUCAACGCUUCAUACAAAGUAGCUGUUCUUGGUGCUGCUGGUGGUAUAGGUCAGCCUUUAUCACUUCUCAUCAAGAUGUCUCCGUUAGUCUCUACGCUUCAUCUUUACGAUAUCGCCAAUGUUAAAGGAGUUGCUGCUGAUCUAAGUCAUUGUAACACUCCUUCUCAAGUUCGUGAUUUCACUGGUCCUUCUGAGUUAGCUGAUUGUUUGAAAGAUGUUAACGUUGUUGUCAUCCCUGCUGGUGUGCCGAGGAAACCCGGUAUGACUCGUGACGAUCUUUUCAACAUCAAUGCCAAUAUUGUCAAGACUCUUGUUGAAGCUGUUGCUGAGAAUUGCCCUAAUGCUUUCAUUCAUAUUAUUAGUAACCCGGUUAACUCUACGGUACCUAUUGCUGCUGAAGUGUUGAAGAAGAAAGGUGUUUAUGAUCCUAAGAAGCUGUUUGGUGUCACUACUUUGGAUGUUGUGAGGGCUAACACUUUUGUUUCUCAGAAGAAGAAUCUUAAGCUUAUUGAUGUUGAUGUUCCGGUUAUUGGUGGACAUGCUGGAAUCACCAUUUUGCCUCUCCUCUCGAAGACAAAACCGUCUGUUAACUUUACUGAUGAAGAGAUCCAAGAGCUCACUGUUAGGAUUCAGAACGCUGGUACUGAGGUUGUUGAUGCUAAGGCAGGUGCAGGUUCAGCUACUUUGUCAAUGGCUUAUGCUGCUGCUAGAUUUGUAGAGUCAUCUCUUCGUGCUCUUGAUGGAGACGGAGAUGUCUACGAGUGCUCGUUUGUGGAGUCGACUCUGACUGAUCUUCCUUUCUUUGCAUCACGGGUUAAGAUAGGGAAGAACGGUCUUGAAGCUGUGAUUGAGUCAGACCUUCAGGGAUUGACUGAGUAUGAGCAGAAAGCACUAGAAGCUCUUAAGGUAGAAUUGAAAGCUAGCAUUGACAAGGGUGUCGCAUUUGCAAACAAACCAGCUGCUGCAGCAGCUAACUAGAUCGCAAGCUGAUAACAUUUUUCUUCUGAUCAUUUCGAGUUUUGUUUUAUUUUUCAUAUUUGUUGCAUCGGCGAGACAUUUUCGUGUUGUAGAAUAAAGAAUGUAUUUGCUUCAGUUUGAAGAUUUUGGAACAUGGCAUUGAAGCAGAAUUUAUAAAUCAUCACCAAAAAAUCAUUACAAGAGCAAAAUGAUGACAACGAAAAAGGUCUAUGAUCUUUUGUUUGUGUUUUUUCUUGUCAACCUUCUUAGCACUCGCCAAACAUUUCUUGUUGCAUGCAUAAUAUCAC